GGCACGAUUCCGGGGAGACGUGUACUUAGAAAAUAUUGUAAGUCCGAGAAAAUUUCUAAGUCCCACAGUUUAUGAAGUCCUCCCUGAGAAGCCAACAGUCGCUCAUGCGCUCCAGAAAUUCCCGAAGAUUCAGCGCCCCCGCCACUGGUCCCUAUCCUAAGCCAGAGGAUGAGAUGGGCGAUGCACGUAACCAGGAUGGGAGAGAAGAAAAAUGCAUACAGGAUUCUGUCCGUCAGCGCAGUGCAUUUACUGCGGAAGACAUGACGAACAGCACGAGAAUUGCAUUACAGAGAGCCGGAGUUUCAUUCAUUACGGAAAGCAUUGCGGAAAUACACAAUAGGAUGCGCUUCGCCGCUGCUCAGGUGUUUCACGCCUGCACUGCGUUCUACCUGCUGACCAUGGACGUACUUUACGCACUGAAGUUAAUAGAAGUCCUCACCGUCCGAACAGAUCUUCUGUGGGCCCACUACCGUGGACUGGGGCUCCAGUUCUUCACAGUCUGGAGUCAGAUCGCGCAGCAGUCCUACUUCUUUCUGGCUCUCGGAUAUGACGUCAUUGAACCACGAAACGAUGCCAUCAUAAAACAUCUGAAGAAGUACCUCCGCAUUCUCAAGGCCGUUUGCUUCACGUCGGUGGUCGUCCCCACUGCAGUUCUCGUGACAGUCAACUUCUGGGUCCUUAACCUCCUGCUGGACCCAGCUCUCAUAGAAGACACACAGGUGUUGCAGGACUACGUGCCCAGCUGGAUGGACCACAGUUUGCACACCAGCGUGCUGCUCUUCACGUUGGCAGAACUGCUGCUCUCUCACAGGCCGUAUCCCCGGUGGUCUACGCUGGGCAGGAUGAGGUCUACGGUCGUCGUACUGGCUUACACGUCAUGGGUAACACUCGCCGUGCUGCUCGGCAGUGCCUGGCCGUACCCAUACAUGCGUCUUAUGAGCGUCACGCAGAGGCUCGGCUACGUCGUCGCCAACUGCGCUCUGGCCGUCUGGUCGUAUCAUUUGGGAGAGAUGAUCAACACUGCCUUCUGGGGAAAAAAAGCACAGAAUCGUGUAAAAUAAUUUUCACCUGAAGGAAUGAAUAUUUUGCGACAAGGCGCCCACACGGAAACACCACCUACACGUUUCCGUCACAUUCCUGUGGAAUGUUUCGUUCUUGCCGAAAAUAAGGACCUUCUGAGGUGGCAUCCAACACGACAUCUUAGGGCGGUAUCGCACUAGGAUGCCAACGGGAGGCCAUGGCUCAGCUGCCAGCAUCUCGGCCAAACUCAAUGCAUUAAUUUAGUAGUCAUAUAACGCACCUGGCAUCCGUCUGGCAGCG